CCUUUAUAAAGGGCACUUUUCCCCUAAUUUUAUUUUAUGUAUGCUCUGAAUUUCAUUUUAGUGCCUAGUGGCUGUUACCAAUCAAAUAAUUUCCAUUGAAAAAAUUAUAACCGUAUUAAAUGAGAUUAUGGGAUUGUUUUAAAUAUUUGUUUUUAUAUUGCAAAGAAUGAUCCUUUGAAACUAAUCCGCCAGUAGGUGGCGGCAGGCGACCGUCUGAAUGAGCGAGUCAUUGAGUCAUUAAUUUAAACGAUUCGUUCAAACGGCCGAUUUAUUCAAAACGAGGCGGUUUAAUAAUGGGUAAUUGAAUCUUUGAAUUAUUCAGUAAUGAGUCAUGGGUGAGUGUUUCACUGAGAUUCGCUGUGGUUCUGUUGUUUGGAAUUAUUUCGAUGCUGAAACAGUACAAAAACAGUAAUUGCGCCUAAAAUGUUGUUUAUUGAACUGUUAUGAAAUCAAUAUCUCGGAUCUCGGCAAUCGUGAUGGCAUUCAGGACAGCAGUCUGGUCGUGUGUUUUUAAACGUUCGUUUACCUUCGUUCCUUCCAAGGUGGUUAAAAUGGUACGGUCCGUAAAGGAGUGUCUGAAAUCGCUUUACAUUGAAAAUAGGAGUUGACUUGUAUUGUAACUGUAAUUAUAUUUUUUCACAAAUUAUCUGACCCCCGCAAAACUGAUAUUUCUGUCACUUUGGGGACCUGUAAUUCACUAUACGUACACACGUAACCGUAUGUGUCGUCUAUUAGCGCCGCCCUUUGGGCCGCAUUGCCCAACUACAGCAUCAGCAAAAGCGAUGAUGGAUAACGGGUCCGUUGCUUUAUCCCUGCACAAACCCUCUUCCCACCCCUCCAGCACCCCUCCAACCGUUUUGAUUUAGAGGUAUGCGUUAAUCAAAACAGAAAGGGCUGUUCACAUUUUUACCAUGUGGAAAAAAUCCCCGAAUUCUAAGCCCAAACACAAGCUGCUAACGUUACCGCUAGCCGCGCUAACCAGUUUAUAGCCGCUUCUCCUCGCCUCUCUUAUUUAUCUGCUGUGUUUGGAGGAAACCGAGACGAUAUUAUAAUGUAAUAUGAUAUAGGAGCUGUGUGUUUAGUUAUUGUAAUGCUCAAUAAACCAGUUGUCACGGCGAUGUAUGCCUCUUGUUGUCAUAGCUGCAGUGUUAGCAUGUGAACAGAUCAGAGGAUUCAAAUCAACAUGACUGCAUUAAAAACCUAAGUCUGAGGAUUAUAACUACAAAUCAAAGGAUAAAAUCACAUAAUUCAGAGGAUAAACGCCGCAUCAACAAACAGAGCAGCUGGGGGGAGAUGACCGAGUCUGUCCCUCCCGUGCUGCGUUCAUCAUGGGGCCUGAUGUGCCCCUGCUCAACGACUACAAGCAGGAGUUCUUCUGGAAGCGUUUCCCUCAGACUAUCUUAGGGGGGCCGAGGCUGAAACUCGGUUACUGCGCCCCACCAUAUAUCUAUGUGCACCAGCUGGUGUUAUUCCUGACACCAUGGCUGUUGGGAGGCAUCGGGACCCUCCUGUACCAGCUGAGGGUGCUGGAUGAAGCCUGUGCGGGCGUUGUUUCGGGUGUGUUCAUGCUAGGUGUGGGUGCCACCCUUCAGGGACUGGCACGGUGUAUGGCACGUAGGACCGGAUUGGUACAAAGGCUGCCUGCUGCCAGUAACAUCCUUGCAGACGAGGAAGAGGUGGAGUUUACUCACUGCGUGGCCCCUGAGACGGUACGAUUUGUAGUGCCUGGAAAGAGGUUUGUGGGUAAUAUGGUUUUGCACACCUUUCUUGCCGGCGCACUCUGUGGGUUGUCCACAUGGUACCUGCUGCCGGACAGACUGAGCAGCCUGUAUGGGCACCCGGGUGCAGGACUGGGAGCUGUCGUGCCGUUGUUUGCCCUGAGCUGGGUGACUGUUUGUAUUGGGGAGUAUUCGCUCAUCGUCAACACGGCUACAGAAACAGCAACGUUUCAGCCGCAGGACAUGUAUGAGAUCACGCCACUCAACAGACCCCUCUACAUAUUUGCUUUCAUCACCGUGGACCUGGCUCUAAGGUUUUCAGGUUCUGGUGUAAUGGAAUUGCAAGUAGCAGCUCAGGUGCUUCAUGUGGUGUUUGUGGCUUUGCCGGUGCUUUGGGCAUUGGGAAUGCUCUCUCCGCUGGACGCUCUUCUGCUCUGGGCCAUGGAACAGACCUUGGUGUACGGCCUGGGUGGGUCAGCCAUGUCCACCAACAUCAGGCUCUUGGUGAUGUUUCUGACAUCCGUGUGUGUUGCCAUCUGUACCUUCUUCAUUCCCUCCUCAUUGGGUGUGGUUCUAUUCACCGUCGGCAUGGGUUACCUCCUCAGCCAGGACCUAACCCAGCUGCUGGUGCUCCUGAAGGGAAAUAGUCCAACCUUGGGUCUGGGCUGGUGGGGGCUUCCUCUUUCCCUGCUGUUCACAUUAGGAGCCUUGACUGAGGCUGGACUCCUUCAUCAGUUGUAUCUCAUUGACCCAGGGAAUCUAACGUUGGGUGUGAACUCUGUAGAGCAUUGGGAGUCUUCUGUGGGACCUGCAAGCCCACAAGAGGUGAUCGGCUGGCUCCUUAUUGCUCUGUUUCUCAUCACCCGUCUGCUGAGAGAGCUCCAGGGAGCUUGCGUGCUGGGAGGUGCCAUGCUCAACCCACUCUACCCCAAACGGGUCAUGACUGCCCAGGCUUUCAGGCGGAAGACUCGUGGUCUGCGUGUCGCAGGAAUCAUCUGGAGGAUCUUAAUGAACCUGGUGAGUCCAUUGGCUAUGAUUGCUUUCUUGUCUGUGGAUGAAUCUCUAGAGAAGCUGCACACAGCCUCUCUGGCCAUUGGCUUUACACGGGCAUUCAGAAUGGUGUGGCAGAGCUCUGAGGCUGCUCUACUGCAAAUGGUGCUGGUGGUGAUCAUCAGACUCGCAGGGGGGCACAGAGUCGCACGCUGGCAUGAUUUGGGCACUACAGUGCAGCUGAUUCUGGUCUCCUUGGUUGUGAAUCGUGUGUCACAGUUUGUAUGUAAGCUGAGUUUCGCUCUUACGGUGUUGAUUACAUCCUGGACGGAGAGUAAACAGCGUCGUCAGUCAGCGGGCACUUUGCUGGCGCUCAACGCUGCUCUGUGCCCUCUUCUGUUGGCUGUCGUGGCUCUCUCUGCCCUUCUGUCUGCCCCUCUGCUUCCUCUCUUCACACUACCUGUGUUCCUGGUGGGAUUCCCCAGGCCGCUCCGCUCGUGGCCAGGCACCCCAGGCACCGCCUGCCCUUGCCCAGAUUCUGUUUAUUACCAACAGCUCUGCAAAAGACUGGCAUCGGCUCUCAGACCUGCACUCGCUAAUGGCGCAUUUGGUUCCUGCACUCCGGGAUCUCAUUACCUCGGUCGCUUUCAGGGUCGACUUCUGUGGAUCUCUGUUCUAGAGAGAGGCUACGGCUAUUGCACUGUCAACAUUAAGGGACUGGAACUACAGGAAACAUCAUGCCACACAGUGGAGGCUAGGCGUGUGGAUGAGGUUUUUGAGGGAGCGUUCGAUCACGUGGAGCGGCCCGGACAGUGUUUCCGACUAUUGAACCCUCACUGGGGUAAUGCUCUGACCCCUUGCUCUAUGUUGCCUGUCAGGGUUUACUCUGACGCCCAGAACGUUCUAACAGGAAUCAUUGACUCGCCUGACCACCUGCGUCAGCUCAACUCUGACUUCCUUAAAACGCUUGUCUGGAUUUUAUUGCGUUACUGUGUACAGGAAUUGGCACGUGGUGCUCCGCGAACAAAAGGUCAGUCUCUACAGACCUCUGGACGCAAAUCGCAAAGCUCCCAGCAUGCCGUGGCCUCAGAGCCAGAUCCGGCUGUGGUCACGGUUGCCAUGGACUCUCAAGUACGCCCUGAAUCCUCCUCAUCCUGUCACUUGAGGGGGCGAGACAGCUCCAGCCUCUCAUCCUUUGCUGAUUGGUCAGACGAGGACGAUCUCUUUGGUCCAGUCACAACGCGGCGACCGAUGAGAAUGAUGGUACGGACAGAUGAAGGGCAGACCGAGUUAGGGUUGGGAGUGUCUCUUCCAGGUUCUGUUGAAAUCCACAGCCUGUAUGAGAGCAUGGCCCUUUCUUCUCUCCCUACCCUUAGACCUCUGGGUCUGGGUUUGGGACUCGGCCUGCCCAUCCUAGAUAAAGGGAAAGAUAAAAUCCCUGCGCGCACUUCGACCACCGUCCAGAGUAACUCCCAGCCUCUCCACUUCACUAGCCCUCACUCAGAGCUCUUCUCUCUGCCCUCAGAGUGGCGGACCGCCCAGUUGGCUUCCUCCAAACUCCAGGUACUGCGACCCUGCUUCCCAGAGGCCUGGUUCUGCUUCUGUUUGUCCCAGUUGGUGGUGGAGAGCUUUGGGGAGGGAGAGUUUGAGCAGGUGACACUGGGUUUGCAGGAGGACCGUGCCCUGCAGGAGCUUUAUACCCAGGUGGUGCUAUCAUGCUGUGUGGCGCUAGGGGCAGAUGCUCAGAUGUUCAGCCCCAAUCUGCUGUUUAGGCUGUACUGCGGGGACGGCCCCUGGACCGAAGGACUUGAGUGGCUCAGAGCCAAUAAAGAGCUGCAUCAGCUCACGCUCAGGGCUUUCAGGUACAGUGUAAAACUGUUGGUAGACCAGGCAUCUCUUGGUCCGGUAGAGAGUCUGGAUGAGCUCUACACAACUUUACAGGAUUACCAUAACAACUGGUUCAUUGGCCUGGUUACAGACCACAGUUGGCAAGACAGUGUUGUGCAGGAGAAGCCCUUCCUAUUCUCUCUCGGACAUGACCUCACCAUGGGGGCGUAUACGAGCCGUGUGUUGUCUCUGCAGGAGAAUCUGGUCCAGGUGGGAGUUUUGAACGAGGAGGGUGUAAGGGGCCAGUGGGCCAACCUGUCAUGGGAGCUACUGUAUGCCACGAAUGACGACGAGGAGCGUUACAGCAUUCAGGCCCAUCCUGUGAUGCUGAGGAACCUGACCAUACAAGCAGCUGACCCACCUCUGGGAUACCCUAUCUACUCAUCUCCACCCAUCCACUUAAGGUGUUUAUGAUCGCCACCUGCCCCACCUUUCAUUUGUGUCGUCGGCACACACACUGAUGCUACCAGCACAUGAAUUUUAAAACAAUUCAUAAAGUCAGAUGUUUCUGCACACAUCAAGUUAUUUUAUUGCGUUUGAACUUGCUACCAUUGUAGUGACAUUUGGCUUCUGAAAAAAAAAACACAUGAAUUGAUGAACGUCAGCAGAAUGAAGUAAAUGGGAUCUGUUUGACGAUCAGCAAAAUCCACUCCACACAUAAUAAAACUGUAAAUUCAUUCA